GUCAAUUGAAACCAACCCGCCUUCAAAGAUAGCUCCCCCACUCACUGACCACGCAGCUCGGCUGCUGACACGCUGCAUUGCGUUGAUUUGUUUAUCGUCGUCCUUGCAUAACCUCGACCUCACAUCAUUCGCAUACCGCACAGUCGUCGGUGAAGAGGCCAUCAUGGAGAAUGUACAAUCGAGAAUGCAGGGAUCGCGCAUCCCCGGACUCAAAGAGAUGAACCCAUCAGGGACAAAUGCUCGCUCAAGGCUGCCGCAGCCAGGCGCAAUUGCGAACAAACCCACUGCAGUGCCUCAACUGGCCCGUACGAGGAGCACUACGGAAAGCACAAGGAUAGGCGCAGGUCCCCCGUCCGCAGCACGGUCCGUCAAUGGAGCUACAAAAGCCCAUACCCGCGCCAACUCGUACGCAAAUUCCUCCACCCUGACCCGAUCAGCUUCGGCCGCUUCACGACCCAGAGGGCCCCUUUCAUCGUCGACCAGCGGCCGACCCAAGACUUCAAUGAGCACCUCCCGGCGGCCGAACGGACACGCCCUUCCACGACCGGCAACAUCCCUAGAUACGCAUCAGGAGGAGCGCAGCUAUGGAGGACUUGGAAAACGCGGCGAGUGGGAUCAAGAUGAGCGGGAACAGAAUCUGGAGAGUCUUUUUGAGACCUUCGUAUCUCGUAUUAGCCAACAAGGGCAGGAGAGCUCAGGCCUCAAGGAUGCGCUCGAAGUUUACAAAUCAAGAGUUGGUGAGCUUGAAGAAGCAAAGAGCGAACAGACGGAACAGAACAUACGCCUCAAGGUGGAACUGGAUGUCAGCAAAUCACGCCUCGCGGAGGCAGAGGAUGCCCUGAAAAAUGCCCAGCGAGAUCAUGAAAUCGCGAUAGAUGAGCUCAUGUCUCGGCAGCGCGCGGAGUGUGAAUCUGUGAGAUAUGAGAGCCAGAAGAGCUUAGACGCCCUUAAGGCACAACACGAAUCCGAACUUAAGGAGCUAAGAAGACAAUUUGAACGUGAGCUGGAAGAUGAGAAAUGUGCGCGGGUCCGGGAAUUGAACCAGCUUCACUCAAAGACUGCUCUCGACGCCCAGCUAUCGCAGAUCGAACUUGAUAAGACAAUAAAGGAACUCGCGGCAACUCGGGAGGAUCUCCAAUCGCUGCGGACCGAACUCGAUCGGGAACGAAAGAACACCAAUAACCUCAGACAGAACCUGGAUACCGCCGCUUCUAACAGCGUUACAUUGGAGUCCACCAUUAGUGCGCUUAAGGCAAGGAUCGAGUUCCUAGAGUCAGGAAGGGAAGAACAAUCUGAAGCUUUUGAACGGUUGAACCAGCAAAUGAUGGAUGCUAUGGCGGAGACCAAUGCAGCCAAAGAGAAACUCAGAAGGGAAGAAACACUCCGGCGCAAAUUACACAAUCAGGUGCAGGAGCUCAAGGGCAACAUCCGCGUAUUCUGCCGUGUCCGACCUACGUUAGAAAAUGAAGGUGCAUCGGACGCGGCUCAAUUCACAUAUCCGGACGAGGGUGAAGACUCCAAAGAAAUCAAUAUUAUCGGACCAGAGGAGAAGAGCAGUUUUGGAACAGUGACGAGGAAGAACCACAAUUUCUCCUUUGACCAUGUCUUCGGGCCGUCAGCCCAAAACAGCGAUGUUUUCGACGAAAUCAGCCAGCUUGUGCAAAGUGCCCUCGAUGGGUACAAUGUUUGUAUUUUCUGCUACGGUCAGACUGGUAGCGGCAAGACUCACACAAUGUCCUCGCUAGACGGCAUGAUUCCCAGGGCAGUACAUCAAAUUUACGAGACAGCCACGAGCCUCGAGGAAAAGGGCUGGAGAUACACAAUGGAAGGCAACUUUGUGGAAGUUUACAAUGAAAAUUUGAACGACCUUUUGGGUAAAGCCGAGGAGUUGGACAAGAAGAAGCUUGAAAUCCGACACGACAUGCAGAGGGGCAAGACGACCAUCACGGACGCCACCACUGUGCAACUCGAAUCGCCAGAGAUGGUCGAAUCUCUUCUCAAAAGAGCGGCAGCCAACCGAUCAGUAGCGGCUACGAAGGCGAACGAACGCUCCUCCCGCUCCCACUCAAUCUUCAUUCUCAAAUUGAUCGGAGAAAACUAUAUAACCGGUGAACGCAGUGAAGGAACCUUGAACUUGGUAGACUUGGCCGGUUCUGAGAGAUUAAGCCACAGCGGUGCGACAGGAGACCGACUGAAGGAAACGCAAAAUAUCAACCGCAGUCUAAGCUGCCUGGGGGAUGUAAUUGCAGCUUUGGGACAGGGCAAGAAAGAUGGCCAUAUCCCAUACCGAAACAGCAAGUUGACAUAUCUACUCCAAUUCUCGCUGGGUGGGAAUUCGAAGACUCUCAUGUUUGUCAUGGUCAGCCCAUUACAAGCCCAUCUCUCCGAGACUUUGACGAGUCUAAAAUUCGCCACGAAGGUACACAACACUCACAUUGGAACCGCGAAGAAACAGACCCGUGUCCGUGAUGUUUAGACUCCAGUCACUUAUACCUAUAUCCACUUUUGAUUCCUUUGCUUUAUUGCGUCUUGGCCGCUAUGACCCUGGCCCUUUUUGAUGUUUGGUGUCUUGGGCGUAUCGUUCUCCUUCCCCUCGUUUUCUCUGUCUUUUGGAGAUGUUGCCCUCAUCACCCUUUUAUCCUUGCGGGUUACUUCGUUUAUACACAAGCGCGCAGUACACUACACUACUGUGCUUUGCCGUUGUGUAUGGGUUGAUCUGGUUUGGUUUGGUGGAUGGAUUGCGGUUUGGAUUUAGCUUGAUGAUAGUUACCUGGUUAAAUUAGUAGUGCCUGCUGAACAGUCAAUGAGUACAAAGCUGCUUUGU